AUGGCGAGCUCUCAACCUCGCCCUAAGCGGGCAGGCGAAUCCUUUGCCCGCACGCAUGACGAGCAAGAAGACCCGCAAGGACCCUCCGACACCAAAAAACCCCGAUUUGAUCUGCGCAACCCCUCCGCGCUCGCGCCAGAUGCCCCCGAAGAGGAUGCGGUCCUAGAUGCAGACGAAAUUGGUCGACGUGGCCAACAAGUUCGUCGCAAAGCUAUAAAUCUUGACGGUUACGAUUCAGACAGCGACAAUGAGGGGUUCUCGGCGCGAACGGAAGGGAAGUCAAAGCAGAGUCGCGCGAAAGAUGACGCUGAUGACGAUGACAUGUUUGCUGAGUUAGAAGAAGAUUUCGGCGAAGAAGAAAUCGAUGCCGACGAAGCAAUGCACAAGAAUAAAAAAUCCGUGCGUUUCCUGCGCGAUGACGAGAUUGAAGGCCAGGUCUCUUCCUCAAAGGGUGGAAAGGCACUACAUGCGGAUCUGACAAAGGGUGCCGAUGAGAUCGAUAUCGAGGAAGAGAAUAGUGGUGACGAUAGUGAGGUUGGUGAAGAGGAACGCGCCCAGGUUGACAAUGAGAUGGAUGAAGAGCUCGGCGCAGGCGCAAAGAAGAAACAUGCACCAUUACUGGAUGCAUUCAACAUGAGCACCGAGCAGGAAGAAGGACGGUUUGAUGAAGCAGGUAACUUUGUUCGCAAGGCCAUUGAUCCAGAUGCUGUGCAUGAUUCAUGGCUAGCUGGUGUUUCCAAAACAGAUAUUCGGAAGGCGAAGGAAGCUGCAGAGAAACGGGACACAGAAAGAAAAGAAAAGGAUCGCAUGGAUGACAGUGUGUUAACUUCUGAUGCUUUAAAAACUAUCAUACAGCAUCUCGAUCGUGGAGAAACAAUAUUGGAAGCUUUAGCUCGUCUAGGAAAAGGCUUGCGGCGAAAGCCCAAAUGGCAGAACAAAAACAAAAACAAAAAGAACAGUGUUCACGAAGACACCGAGAUGACCGAAGAAAAUCCAGACGAGGCUAAGCGCAAAGCGGCCAUCGAUAACAUUACUGGUGCCGCCGAUAUUCUCAUGGGUCGUGAACAGCCUGAAAUAUACGAUACUGAGCGUGAGCUCCUGACCAGGCAGUAUCGCACUGAAACGGGAGAAGACUGGGUUGAUCCACCUGGAGACGAACAAGCUGCUGAAGGACCCGCAAUGUGGGAGUAUCGCUGGUCAGACGCCCGAGACGGAGGCGAUGCCCAUGGGCCCUACGAUAACACCAUGAUGCAUUCGUGGCGAGCUGCUGGCUAUUUUGGCGAUGGAGUCGAAUUCCGGCGAGUCGGAGACACGGGGCCAUGGAACGCUACAGUGAAUUUUAUGUAA